AUGAAGAAGGCCGACUUCAUAUCCAUUUCAAAGGUGAAGUAUAUUGCCUUCAUUAAGUUGGCAUUUGGAGACAUGUCUGUAGGAAAGGUCAGUCUGGCAGCAGCAUCCUGCUCGGUUCAUCCAACCGUGUACGAUACACUGCCUGUACCACACUCCGCCUCUACCACACUCCGCCUGUACCACACUCCGCCUAUACCACAUUCCGCCUGUACCACACUCCGCCUGUACCACACACCCCGCCUGUACCACACUCCGCCUGUACCACACUCCGCCUGUACCACACUCCGCCUGUACCACACUCCGCCUGUACCACGCUCCGCCUGUACCACACUCCGCCUGUACCACACCCGCCUGUACCACACUCCGCCUGUACCACACUCCGCCUGUACCACACUCCGCCUGUACCACACUCCGCCUCUACCACACUCCGCCUGUACCACACUCCGCCUGUACCACACUCCGCCUACCACACUCCGCCUGUACCACACUCCGCCUGUACCACACUCCGCCUGUACCACACUCCGCCUGUACCACACUCCGCCUGUACCACACUCCGCCUCUACCACGCUCCGCCUCUACCACGCUCCGCCUCUACCACGCUCCGCCUCUACCACAUUCCGCCUCGACCACACUCCGCCUCGACCACACUCCGCCUCUACCACACUCCGCCUCUACCACACUCCGCCUCUACCACACUCCGCCUCUACCACACUCCGCCUGUACCACACUCCGCCUGUACCACACUCCGCCUGUACCACACUCCGCCUCUACCACACUCCGCCUCUACCACACUCCGCCUGUACCACACUCCGCCUGUACCACACUCCGACUCGACCACACUCCGCCUGUACCACACUCCGCCUCGACCACACUCCGCCUGUACCACACUCCGCCUCUACCACACUCCGCCUGUACCACACUUCGCCUGUACCACACUCCGCCUCUACCACACUCCGCCUGUACCACACUUCGCCUGUACCACACUCCGCCUGUACCACACUCCGCCUCUUCCACACUCCGCCUGUACCACAGCCGCCUGUACCACAUCCCGCCUCUACCACACUCCGCCUGUACCACACUCCGCCUGUACCACACUCCGCCUGUACCACACUCCGCCUAGACCACACUCCGCCUGUACCACACUCCGCCUCUACCACACUCCGCCUCUACCACACUCCGCCUCUACCACACUCCGCCUCUACCACACUCCGCCUCUACCACACUCCGCCUCUACCACACUCCGCCUGUACCACACUCCGACUCGACCACACUCCGCCUGUACCACACUCCGCCUCGACCACACUCCGCCUGUACCACACUCCGCCUCUACCACACUCCGCCUGUACCACACUUCGCCUGUACCACACUCCGCCUCUACCACACUCCGCCUCUACCACACUUCGCCUGUACCACACACCGCCUGUACCACACUCCGCCUCUACCACACUCCGCCUGUACUACACUCCGCCUGUACCACACUCCGCCUGUACCACACUCCGCCUGUACCACACUCCGCCUGUACCACACUCCGCCUCUACCACACUCCGCCUCUACCACACUCCGCCUGUACCACACUCCGACUCGACCACACUCCGCCUGUACCACACUCCGCCUCGACCACACUCCGCCUGUACCACACUCCGCCUCUACCACACUCCGCCUGUACCACACUUCGCCUGUACCACACUCCGCCUCUACCACACUCCGCCUGUACCACACUUCGCCUGUACCACACUCCGCCUGUACCACACUCCGCCUCUACCACACUCCGCCUGUACCACAGCCGCCUGUACCACAUCCCGCCUCUACCACACUCCGCCUGUACCACACUCCGCCUGUACCACACUCCGCCUGUACCACACUCCGCCUAGACCACACUCCGCCUGUACCACACUCCGCCUCUACCACACUCCGCCUCUACCACACUCCGCCUCUACCACACUCCGCCUCUACCACACUCCGCCUCUACCACACUCCGCCUGUACCACACUCCGACUCGACCACACUCCGCCUGUACCACACUCCGCCUCGACCACACUCCGCCUGUACCACACUCCGCCUCUACCACACUCCGCCUGUACCACACUUCGCCUGUACCACACUCCGCCUCUACCACACUCCGCCUGUACCACACUUCGCCUGUACCACACUCCGCCUGUACCACACUCCGCCUCUACCACACUCCGCCUGUACUACACUCCGCCUGUACCACACUCCGCCUGUACCACACUCCGCCUGUACCACACUCCGCCUAGACCACACUCCGCCUAG